AUGGCCCAAGACCCCGAAACUGCGACUGUGUUUCACCCUGUCAUCAAGUGGGCCCAGAGGCUGAAUGCCGACGACGCCACCAAAAACCUUGUGUUUCUUACCGUCGAAGUCAUGGACCCCGUCGACAUGAAGAUCGACUUGACCGAGACCUCGCUCUCUUUCGAGGCCACCGGUCUGGAACUGAAGGUCCACUACAAGUUCCACAUUGACUUCUACCAACCCAUUGACGAGGCCGAAUCGACGUACGACACUAAAGUGGGCUCGCACGUGUUCUUUGUGUUGCGCAAAUCGGUGAAGCAGGCGGAAUACUGGCCUCGCUUGACUAAGGACAAGCUCCGCCACCCCUCGAUCAAGACCGACUUUGACAAGUGGGUCGACGAAGACGAACAGGACGAACACCGCGCCGACGACGACGACAUGCUUGCGGGCAUGGGCGGCGCUGGUGCUGGUGCUGGUGGCAUGGACUUCAGUCAAUUGAUGGCGGGCAUGGGCGGUGCCGGUGGUCCCGGUGGCGCCGGUGGCGCUGGCCCCUCGCAGGCUGACCUUAUGAAGCUUAUGUCCCAAAUGGGCCAAGCCGGUGGCGACAAUGCCGACGGUGACUUGUCGAACUUGGCUAGCACCCUUGGUAAGGCGGGCGGUGACGAAAAGGAGGAAGAAGCGGCUGAAGAAAAGUAA